AGCCCUGAGACUUGCCUCAAAUCGUCUGUAUAAUUUUUUUUUUUUUUGGGCAAGGCCUCUGUUUUGGGUGCUGUUUCCCGUGACUCAGAGGAAAAGGAACAUAGCCUUCUUUUAGCGUGAAGUCAUAAAUACUCCUGAGAGCAGGUGGAUUUUGCAGGACUCCUGGUGUACAACAGGCUCCAAGACUGACCCUGCUGAGAGCCCCUGAGAUAUUGAACUCUAUGAGCGGAGACCACUUGACUGCACUCAGCACCUUUCAGGACCAGGCCCUAGGAAAUGGUCAGAGGAGCGAAGGGAGCGUCACCGAUUUGAAAGAAAACCAAGGGUCCUGGGCACUAAAUGAGAAUAUGGCCAAUGGCAUUGAAGAUCUUAUCGGGAUCCCAUUCCCGAACCACAGCAGCGAGGUGUUGUGUGGCCUGAACGAGCAGCGGCACGACGGGCUCCUCUGCGAUGUCAUCCUCAUCGUGCAGGACCAGGAGUACCGCACCCACCGCUCCGUCCUGGCUGCCUGCAGCAAGUACUUCAAAAAACUCUUCACUACCGGCACUUUAACAGACCAGCCCUAUGUUUACGAGAUUGACUUUGUCAAGCCUGAAGCACUUUCUGCCAUCCUCGAGUUCGCCUACACCUCAACGCUCACCAUCACCACCUCAAACGUCAAGCACAUCCUCAGCGCUGCCAAGAUGCUGGAGAUCCAGAGCAUUAUCAACGUAUGCCUUGAAAUCAUGGAGCCCGACAGAGAGGCCGAAGAGGAAGACGACAAAGAGGACGAAGAUGAUGACGAAGAUGAAGACGAAGAUGAGGAGGAAGAGGAGGAGGAGGAAGUGGAAGAUUUCGUCAAUCAGGAGAACCUAACCGAUGUACAAGAAGUAAGCUGCCACCAAAGCCCUUCUGAGUCUGAUCUUACCGAAGAAGCAUAUCCAGAAGCACCUAAAGAUUUUCCAAAUCACUUCCCAGCCAGUAACUCCUCUGGACACCUGGGCAUGAUACGAGACUUCUCCAUCGAGUCCUUGUUAAGUGAAAACCUGUACCCUAAGCCAAACAUCCCGGAAAGAAGGCCAGCUCUCUCUCCCUUCGCCCCCAGCUUCUUCCCCCACCUAUGGAACGGAGACUUUAGCUCCUUCUCCCAGCUGGAGGAACCGCAAGUAGACAACAGCCCCUUGGAUCUGGUGAUCAAAAAGAGGAAGAUCAAGGAAGAGGAGGAGAAGGAAGACCUGCCUCCGCCUCCUUUCCCUAAUGACUUCUUCAAGGACAUGUUUGCCAACACCGCAGCAGCUCCCUUAGGGCAUAUUAAGGCAGAGACUGACUAUAGUGCUUAUCUCAAUUUCUUAAGCGCUACCCAGUUCGGAGGAGUUUUUCCUCCAUGGCCCCUGGAGGAAGAGAGGAAAAUAAAGCCCAAGGCGUCCCAGCAGUGCCCCAUCUGCAACAAAGUCAUCAUGGGAGCCGGCAAGCUGCCCAGGCACAUGAGGACCCACACGGGGGAGAAGCCCUAUAUGUGCAAUAUCUGUGAAGUUCGCUUUACCAGGCAGGACAAGCUCAAGAUCCACAUGCGGAAGCACACGGGGGAGCGGCCGUACCUGUGCAUCCACUGCAACGCCAAGUUCGUGCACAACUACGACCUGAAGAACCACAUGCGCAUCCACACGGGCAUCCGGCCCUACCAGUGCGAGUUCUGCUACAAGAGCUUCACCCGCUCCGACCACCUGCACCGCCACAUCAAGCGGCAGAGCUGCCGGAUCGCGCGGCCCCGGCGCGGCCGAAAGCCGGCGGCCUGGCGGGCGGCCGGCCUGCUCUUCGCCCCCGGCGGCCCGCCCGUGGAGAGCGGCUUCGUGGUGCCGCCGGCGCUGGAGGAGAUGAGCGGCCACCUCGGCAGCACGGCCAUGUGCCUUCCCGGCCCCAGCCCCAAGCACUUCCUGAGCGGGGCCAAGGCCUCCUUCAGCCUGCAGGAGCUGGAGAGCCAGUUCGAGGAGACCCAGAGGAAGCUCUUCAGGCGGGCCCAGAUGGACAUGGAGAGGAACGCGGGGAUCUUCGCCUUCGCCCUGGGCCACAAUGAAAACCUCGCCGCCCAGCCCUUCUUCCCGCUCCCCGACCCUUGGAGCACAGGCUUCAGCGGCCUGGCGGGGCUGGGCCAUGUGGCUCCCAUCUCAGAGGCAAGCAACUAAACCCGCUCCCGGUCCCACCAUGCGCCUGCUCCCCUCCCAGCAAGGCAGCCAGCUCCCUCGGGGCCUUCCACCUGCCCUUCUGCAUCACUGGACUCCUGAGAAACUCUUCGUCCCCUUGCUGCCAUGGGGCUUUGGGGCACUGGGUUGUCCCUGGGGAGAGCAAGGAGUGGGCAGGUGCUGUGCCCCCUGGCCACUGGCACUUUAGACUCUGGAUGCACUUGGCUUUGGGGCCAUCAGGCACUCGCUGUCCCACCCAGCCACCCACCACUCAUGGCUCCGUGUGGGAAGGCCAGGCCAGGACUGCUGCUCUCUUCAAUGCUCCCGAAAAUGUCACUUGCCUUAGUCCAGGGCGCAGCCAUCACUUCGAGAUGGCUCUUCUGGGGGAAAUACUCCCCAUUUUCCACCUGCAGAGCCCAUUGGACACCAACAAGCCGUCCAGACUUGGUUUUGUUCUGUUACAUUCCUUGGCCUUUUUGGUCAA